AUGGCCAUAACCACCACCCCCAGUGAACCAUCCACCCCCAACUCCCCCAACCCUAACCCCCUCAACCCCAACCCCCCCCUUCCCAUCCCCACCCCAACACCCCUCCCCACCUCCCUCGCCCGGGACAUCCUGCCCACCCCCUCUGCCUCCCUCCGCCGCUGCGCCGCCUACCUCCGCGCCCGCCACCGCUUCUGGGACGCCUUCCCCCACGGCCGGUACACACGGCUCCCCACGCCGGGCACAGACCUCGAGUGCGGGUUCCAUGCGCUGAUUCUUUCUGCGCGAGCGCAGUUGGAUGGUUUGUCAUCUGUGGGAGGGGAGGGGAAGGGGUUGAGGGUGAGGGUGCCGACGCUGGAGGAGUUGAGGGUGGUGUAUGCGUCCGAGGUGGUGCAGAGGGAGAAUGGGAAUGUGGGGAUGGGGAAUGGGAGAUGGUUUACGGCGGAUCAGCUGGCGGCGGUGUUUGCGGCGUGGGGGAGGCGGUUUCUUGUUGGUGAUGGUGGUGGGGAGGGGGUAAAAUGGCGGUGUCAGAUGGGGUGGGUGAUGGAGAGGGAUGAGGAGAUUGGCGUGGAGGGGUGGCCGGUUAUGAUGAAUACGCCCGAGGUGGAUACGGGGGAGGUCGGCGAGGGGAUCGUGAGGGUCUGGGUGUGGAAUGAUGGCGGGUCGUUGAGGGGCGGCGUGGGGCAUUUUGAGGGGAUUCGGAGGCCGACGGAGGAGGAGUUGGCGGUGAUGGGGGGACGGGAGUAG